UAAUCUUGAGAGUUUAUCAGGAAAGAUAUGCCAGGGAUAUAAACAAACCAACUGUGUGUGUGGGCAGGCACAUGGGAGAUAAGUUGUGCGAUUGAGAUUGGAUGUGUGGACAGUAAUUAUGGUUUCCGUUGCAAGGCUGAAGAAUUAUGUGAUUGCAGGUCUUAGCGCUUGUGGGGGUGCAGCUAUAGUAUACUAUGGACUUAUUUUCGAUAGAAACAGGAAACAGGCCUUGCAGGCAGCUUACACGGAUAAUUUUACACCAAGUGUUAAAUGGGACAAAAACUGGGAUAGGAUGGAGCCAACCUCACUUGUAAAAUCUUCCAAAGGGAAUUCAGAUGACAAUAGGUAUAACGAGGAGUUAGAGAAACAAAAGUCAACUGCUACACGUAAUUUAAUACUGAUACGUCAUGGUCAAUAUAACCUAUCUGGCGAAACGGACGCCGAAAGAGUUUUAACUGAACUUGGAAGGAAGCAAGCAGCUCUGACAGGGCAGAGAUUGAAGGAACUUGAUAUGCCUUAUACGUGUCUUAUUCGCUCCACAAUGGCACGAGCUGUGGAAACUGCAAAAAUUAUACAUAACUACUUGCCAGAUGUACCAGUGCAGGAUUGCAAUAUGCUGGAGGAGGGUGCGCCAAUACCACCGGAGCCACCAGUUGGACACUGGAAACCAGAAGUAUUUCAGUUUCAUCGUGAUGGUGCUCGAAUUGAGGGUGCAUUCAGGAAGUAUUUUCAUAGAGCCAAACCCAGUCAAACUUCGGACAGCUAUGAGAUCCUUGUCUGUCAUGCAAAUGUCAUUCGCUACUUUGUGUGCAGAGCACUGCAGUUUCCUCCUGAAGCUUGGUUGCGUCUGAGCCUGAACCAUGCAAGUAUUACAUGGAUUGUCAUCCGUCCCAGCGGAUUUGUUUACUUACGUUCUCUUGGUGACACCGGUCACAUGCCUGCAGCAGACAUUACAUCCACAUAAACUUUGAGAGGAGAAACUAGUUUUUUUAAGUGGAGUUGAUUAUUGUUGCUAUUUUUGGACUGAGCACAACUGUGGAAAAAAUAUGAUGUGUACUUUUGAUCUGUUUGCUGUGUAAUUAGAUUGUGUGAAGUGACAUUUUUUGUGUGUGUGAUAACCAGCUUUUUAAGGAAUCUUCAGACAUUUAGUGCCUGUUGUAGGGAAAUUUUUUGGGUUAUUAACAGAAAUGAGACUUCCACCUUCUA